AUGGAGGAUUUGCUUGCGUGCCGUGCUUGCCUCGCCACAGACGCGAAACUGUUCAAUAUGUAUAAAUACGACCUCGUUAGCCCGUACGAAAUGGUCACAGGCAUACAGAUGACUUCAUCGGACAGCCUUCCCCAGCAGCUCUGCAGCUUUUGCCUGGUACAUUUGCAGAAAAGCGCUCUGUUCCAGCAGAGGUGCCGCAAUGCUCAAGAAUUAUUGCACUACGCUAUUUUACAAGGGCAUUUGCUAACUACAGAUUAUGUUCACAACAUAGAUCGUGAAACACACAAUCUCAUUCAGCCAUACACCUCAAUAGUGUAUAAUGAUUUAAUAAACAUAAGCCGCAUUGUAAAACAGGAACAGUCUGAUGAAAGUGACAAUAAUAUCACCGACAUUAACAACGUAGAUGAUGAUAUUGAGAAAUCACCCAAAUUAGAUGACAGACUUGAUGGUAUAGACAACAUAAAUACGGUAAAACUGGAACAAGACAAUUUUGACUCCAACAGCGAUGAAAUACCAUUGUCAAAUAUGAUGAAAAAAAGUAAAAAGCGUAAAAGGAAAUGUAAAAAUUCAAUUGAUUUAGAAAAUAUGAAGAUCAAGGAUGAAAACAACAUUGAGGACAUUGGUGAUGUACCAAUGGAAUUUGACAAUUUUGAUAAUUUAAUUGAUGAUGACAAUUUUGAUAAGGGCAGUGAUAUAGAGAUGAUAGUGUUGACAAAAGAACAGCAGAUUGAGGAGGUGUUGUGUAGAAAAAACUCUUUGAAUUAUAAAAAUAGUGUAUUCAAUUCUCCCAUCGACAGCAAGUCCACCAGCCACCUGACCCACAUCCGUCUCCAGCACCCAUCGUCACACGCGUGUGACGUGUGCGGGGAAUCCUUCUUGGGGGACAACGGGCUGAGGCUGCACAAGAAGAAGGCGCAUAAAGAUGAUUCUGGGGAAAACAAAGAAACAAAGUGCAUGAUGUGCGGCACGAGCUUCCGGAACUCGCCAGCGCUGGAACGCCAUGUUGCUGGACAGAACGGCACGUGCAACCCCGACCUCCGGCCGUGUGUCCACUGCGGAGAGAGCUUCGUGUCGGUAGAGUUGCUUGAGGAUCACGCCAGGUGUCACCAGAAGGACAAAACGGUUAAAUGUAUUGAGUGCGAUCGGGUCUUCGCGCAUGCGCGUUCUUUCUCCAUCCACCACCAACGCGUCCAUUUGGGAGUCAAGAGCGUGCAGCGAAGGAAGAUUACCCCGUCUCAUAGCGAUUCGGCGGUUUGCGAACUCUGCGGGAAAUCUUUUAUUUCCCGCGCGACCUUGGUGUACCAUCAGCGGACGCAUACCGGCGAGAAGCCCUACCAGUGCAACGAGUGCCCCAAGAGGUUCAGCAUGUAUCAGAGACUGCAGAUUCACAUCAGAACACACACAGGCGAGCGCCCCUUCAAAUGCUCUCAGUGUCCCAAGGGGUUCAAACACAAGGCAGCUCUAAACAGACAUAUCAGGGUACAUACAGGAGUAAAACCCUACGUGUGCGUGCAUUGCAAUAAGGCGUUCUCUCAGUCGAAUUCGUUGAAGACACAUAUAGCAACAGUGCACCUCAAAAGGCCGGCGCCCUACAGGAAAAGUGGACGCAAGAUUGAUUACCUAGAAUGAGUUACUGUAACUGUAUUAUUGAAUUACAGGGUUCGAAAUUACCAAAAUAUUAAUUUUCUUUGAUAAUUCGAUAAUUAUCUAUAGUUUUAAUUAUUAAUACAAAGAUAUAUUAUAGAUUUCUCACAGAUGGUGCUACUGCAAAACGUCGUUAAAAACCGAAACAAAGUCCGCUGGUUCGGUCCAUGGCUUAGUUAGCAUAGCUUCUAGCAUGGUUUGUUAGAAGAUGCUGGUUCGAAUCAGGCCGGAUCGAAGGAAUUUUUUCUAAGUGUUCGAUCUUUUUAUUAAUAAUUGUUAAUGAUAAUUAUCUGAUGUUUAUUCGAUAAUUAUUCGUAGUUUUGUCUCUUUAAUUUCCGAUUAAAAAUGAAAAUACUAACAUAUUGUAUAAAAAAGAAAUCUAUAA